AUGCGGGUGUGGUGCAGGGAGGGAGCGGAUACGGUGCGGGUGUGGUGCGGGAAGGGUGUGGGUGUGGACCGGAUACGGUGCGGGUGUGGUGCGGGAAGGGUGUGGGUGUGGACCGGAUACGGUGCGGGUGUGGGUGCGGGAAGGGUGUGGGUGUGGAGCGGAUACGGUGCGGGUGUGGUGCGGGAAGGGUGUGGGUGUGGAGCGGAUACGGUACGGGUGUGGUGCGGGAAGGGUGUGGGUGUGGAGCGGAUACGGUGCGGGUGUGGUGCGGGAAGGGUGUGGGUGUGGAGCGGAUACGGUGCGGGUGUGGUGCGGGAAGGGUGUGGGUGUGGAGCGGAUACGGUGCGGGUGUGGUGCGGGAAGGGUGUGGGUGUUGAGCGGACACGGUGCGGGUGUGGUGCGGGAAGGGUGAGGAUGUGGUGCGGAUACGGUGCGGGUGUGGUGCAGGAAGGGUGUGGGUGUGGAGCGGAUACGGUGCGGGUGUGGUGCGGGAAGGGUGUGGGUGUUGAGCGGAUACGGUACGGGUGUGGUGCGGGAAGGGUGUGGGUGUUGAGCGGAUACGGUGCGGGUGUGGUGCGGGAAGGGUGUGGGUGUUGA